AUGGCCGAGUCUUCUCUUGAUCUUCUGCUUAAAGGCAGCUCCGGGCGGAACACACGCGGUUUACUGCGGAUCGUCAUCCUCUUGACAAUUGCUGCUGCUGCUGUCGCCAGUCGACUGUUCAGUGUUAUCCGCUUCGAAAGUAUUAUUCACGAAUUCGAUCCUUGGUUCAACUUCCGAGCCACAAAGUACCUGGUUGAGAACGGUUUCUAUAGUUUCUGGGAUUGGUUUGAUGACCGAACAUGGCAUCCCCUGGGUCGUGUCACUGGUGGCACAUUGUACCCCGGUCUUAUGGUGACUAGCGGCGUCAUCUACCACAUCCUGCGCUUUUUGACAAUCCCUGUCGACAUUCGAAAUGUCUGUGUUCUGCUUGCCCCCGGUUUCUCUGGCUUGACGGCUCUGGCCAUGUACCUCUUGACCUGUGAGAUGUCGGCAUCUCCAUCAGCUGGUCUUUUGGCUGCGGCCUUCAUGGCAAUUACCCCCGGCUACAUCUCACGUUCCGUGGCUGGCAGUUACGACAACGAGGCCAUUGCCAUCUUCCUUCUUGUAUUCACCUUCUACCUGUGGAUCAAGGCUGUCAAGAAUGGCUCCAUUAUGUGGGGUGCUCUUGCUGCUCUCUUCUACGGAUACAUGGUGUCCGCCUGGGGGGGCUCUCGCACCUACAUUGCCUAUACCACAUGGUAUGCUUUGGGUACGCUCGGCAGUAUGCAAAUUCCAUUCGUGGGUUUCUUGCCCAUCCGCAACAGUGACCAUAUGGCUGCCCUAGGUGUCUUUGGGCUGCUUCAGCUUGUAGCAUUCGCCGAGUUUAUCCGAGCAUUCCUCCCCGGCAAGCAGUUCCAGAAGUUGCUGACCUCUAUGGUCCUGCUCACUUUCGGUCUCGGCUUUGCUGGUUUGGUCUUGCUCACUGUCUCGGGGGUUAUCGCCCCGUGGAGUGGCCGUUUCUACUCUCUGUGGGAUACCGGCUAUGCCAAGAUUCACAUUCCUAUCAUUGCAUCUGUUUCCGAGCACCAGCCUACUGCCUGGCCUGCGUUCUUCUUUGACCUGAACUUUUUGAUCUGGCUCUUCCCCGCUGGUGUUUUCUUGUGCUUCCAGAAGCUCAAGGACGAGCAUGUGUUUGUUAUCAUUUACGCUGUUCUCUCCAGCUACUUCGCUGGUGUUAUGGUUCGUCUGAUGUUGACUCUCACUCCCGUCGUCUGUGUCGCUGCCGCACUUGCUUUGUCCGCUGUCCUUGACAACUUCCUGGUUCUGUCAAAGCCUACCCCAGAGUCCCAAGCCAAGGCCAACGCUGUGGAUGCCAAGUCUUACCAGAACAUGAAGUCUCCCAUUGUCGGUAUCUACUCGCACUUCUCCAAGGCUUUCGUCUCCGGCUCAAUGUCCCUAACACCCCCCGACAAUGCUAAGAUCAUGUCCUGGUGGGAUUAUGGCUACCAGAUUGGCGGUAUGGCCGACCGCCCCACCCUGGUGGACAACAACACCUGGAACAACACCCACAUUGCCACCGUAGGCAAGGCUAUGAGCUCCCGCGAGGAAGUUAGCUACCCUAUCCUGCGUGAGCAUGAUGUUGACUACGUUCUGGUUGUGUUCGGUGGUCUUCUAGGCUACUCCGGUGACGAUCUUAACAAGUUCUUGUGGAUGGUCCGUAUCGCCGAGGGUAUCUGGCCCGAUGAGGUGAAGGAGCGUGACUACUUCACUGCUCGUGGCGAGUACCGUGUGGAUGAGGAGGCUACUCCCACCAUGAAGAACAGUUUGAUGUACAAAAUGUCUUACUACAACUAUCAGUCCCUCUUCCCCUCCGGUCAAGCCGUUGACCGUGUCCGUGGCGUUAGACUGCCAGCUGAAAGCCCACAACUCAACACCCUCGAGGAGGCCUAUACCAGUGAGAACUGGAUCAUUCGGAUCUUCAAGGUCAAGGAUCUUGACAACCUUGGCCGUGACCACAGUAACGCUGUGGCCUUUGACAAGGGUCUGAAGCGUAAGCGUGCCUCCAAAGGAAAGGGCCCUCGCGUUCUGAGAACCGAGUAG